UUCUACGAAGUAGCAAAUUAGUUGUAACAUUUCUAGCAAGUAACUUUAUAGGACAUUUUUACAAAAGAAUUAAAUGCAAUAAGACGCAAUGAAAUCGUUUCGAAGGAAAGAAUCUAGCACACUUCCUUUGGUUCCUGUAACGGACGAUUUGGAGUUCAAGCCGUUUCGUGAGACGUACAAAAUAAUAACUUUCACUAUGAUCGUCGGCAUGCUGUACCCUACUCCUAAUACUGAAGUGUGCAGAGUUAUUGGCAUUCUCACGAUACUGGUAACGAUGUCGCCAGUAUGCGUCGCAGCAUUACUGGAUAUGUGGAACAGUUGGUUCCGUGGGGAUAUCAUCAAUAUCAUCCGGCAUACUACAGUUAUAGGACCCUUUCUUGGAGCGAUCUUUAAGAUGAUGUUAUUUUUCUACAGCAGAAAAGAAGCUUGGGCAAUUAUUAAAAAGAUGGACGCCGACCACUUUCGGUACAACUCGUUGCCAGAGCAACACAAAGAAAUAGCCCGUCGGCACAUUACAAACACUCAGUACUAUAGUGAAAAAUGCUGGUCAAUAACCGUAGCCACAUGCGUCCUGACGUUCCCUCUGACCGCCGUUAUCCUAACCUUCUACAACUACGCUUGCAAAGAUGAACCAAUCAAAUAUAUGAUACACGACAUAGACAAGCCAUUCUCCCCAAAGGAGGAACGAUUUUCCUCCCCCUACUUUGAAAUCAUGUUUUUCUACAUGGCGUAUUGUUCUGUGUUCUAUAUUAUAAGUUUUACCGGCUUUGAUGCGUUUUUCGGUAUAACUAUUAAUCACGCUUGUAUGAAGAUGGAGUUGGCUUGUAAGACUAUGGAAGACGCUAUGUUGGAGAGGGAUAGGGAUAGUCGGCACAGGAGGAUGUUGGAUGUUAUUAUGGAGCAGAAUGAUUUGUUCAGAAUGGUGGAGCUCAUACAAGAAACGUUCGCCAUUUGGCUAGGUAUAAUAGUGAUAGCAACAAUGCUGCAGAUUUGCAACUGCAUGUACCAAAUCAUUGAGGGCUACGGGAUUGAUCCUAGAUACCUAGUGUUCAUCGUAGGCACGAUUGCCCACAUCUAUCUACCGUGCCGGUACGCCGCUAAAUUGCAAGUUAGCGCGCUAGAGGUCGCCACUCAUCUAUACUGUUGCGGCUGGGAGCGAGUUAACGACGAGCGCGCGCGCAAAAUGAUCUCCUUCAUGAUAGCCCGAGCUCAGAUACCGAUGAAGAUCAACGCCUUCAAUAUGUUCGAUUUCGAUAUGGAACUCUUCGUUUCUAUAUUACAAACAUCUUAUUCGAUGUUUACACUACUUAGAUCUUAAGGACACUCAAAAAAUUGUAUGUUUUAAGUACCUAUCAUUAUAUAUGUACUAACACUUU